AUGGUUCGAUCGACUAAUAGCAAUAGCAAGAGUACAAAUUCUGCUCGUGGUCGAGUAACUAAAGCAAAGAAUAGCAAUCGUGCAUCAAUUCGAAAACGAUCAUCAACAGCUCGAACUAGUAGUACGAGCAGUAAACGAGCAACUAAACGUAAUCGUACACCCUCUUCUGGUCGUGGUACAUCUACAGCACGUAGUUCUUCGACUAACAGUAAUAAUAGACGAAACACAUUACGUAGUAGUAACAAAAGUCAAUCAUCAAUUCGAAAUGUUCAUGGAAUGAAUAAUAGUGCAGUUCGAAAUGGACGUUCAACGAAUGCAUCACGAACACCAAGUAGAACAAAAAAGAAUUCGUCAACUACUGGUUCACGAAAGAAAACGACAAAAAAUACUAGCAGUCGUUUAAAUAAUAAAAAGAAGACUACAAUAGGUAGCAAGAAUAAUAAUAAUAAUAAUCGACGACGACAACCAUUAGGACGUAAUCAACAAAAAAAAAAAAAAACGUCAACAAGUAUUUCAUCAUUGAUCCCUACAACAGCAUCAAAUUUAGCUCGACCUGAUGAUGAUUUUCAUCGUGAAUCGAAUUUUGAAACCAAUGAAUAA